CCUUCGCUGAUCGCUGUAGUGGAGAGCGGAGAAGGCCGAGAAGCUGUACUAAUUUGACUUGACUACCUAUAUAACUCUUUCACCGAUUUGCAAGGAGAAGAAGAAGAAGAAGAAGCGCCCAUCAUUUCUCUCAACGCUCUUCACCUUUUCAACUCCACACAUUUCUUUUCAACUAUUAGGAAAAAAAAGUAUGGCGACCCCAACACGAAUUGGUCUUGCCGGGCUUGCUGUAAUGGGGCAAAAUCUUGCUCUUAACAUAGCUGAGAAAGGAUUCCCUAUAUCUGUCUACAACAGAUCCACUUCAAAAGUUGAUGAGACCGUUGAACGAGCUAAGGCGGAAGGGGGACUCCCUCUGUACGGUUUUCAUGAUCCCGAGUCCUUUGUUCUCUCCAUCCAAAAGCCCCGUGUGAUUAUCAUUCUUGUUAAGGCUGGUGCACCGGUUGAUCAAACCAUCAAAACCCUUUCUGCUUAUAUGGAGAAAGGGGAUUGUAUUAUCGAUGGUGGGAAUGAGUGGUAUGAGAACACCGAGAGGAGGGCGAAAGAAGCGGCGGAGAUGGGCUUGCUUUAUCUUGGAAUGGGAGUCUCGGGCGGUGAAGAAGGUGCUAGGAGAGGACCUUCACUAAUGCCUGGCGGUUCUUUCGAAGCGUACAAGUACAUUGAAGACAUACUACUGAAAGUGGCGGCUCAAGUACCCGACAGUGGCCCGUGCGUUACUUACAUUGGCGAGGGAGGUUCUGGUAACUUCGUUAAGAUGGUUCACAACGGGAUUGAAUACGGUGAUAUGCAAUUAAUUGCUGAGGCGUACGAUGUGCUGAAAUCCGUGGGAAAGCUCUCUAAUUCCGAGUUGCACGAAGUGUUCUCGGAAUGGAACAAAGGGGAGCUCCUAAGCUUUUUGAUCGAAAUCACAGCUGAUAUAUUCGGAAUCAAGGAUGACAAGGCCGAAGGGUAUUUGGUAGACAAGGUUCUCGACAAAACCGGGAUGAAGGGUACCGGCAAGUGGACAGUUCAGCAAGCCGCAGAUCUCUCAGUCGCCGCCCCAACAAUAGCCUCGUCAUUGGACUCGAGAUUCCUCAGCGGGUUGAAGGACGAGCGAGUUGAAGCCGCCAAGAUCUUUAAAUCCGGUGGCAUUGACGAUGCCAUUGCCGACAACAACGUUGUUGAUAAGAAACAGCUUAUCGAUGAUGUGCGGAAGGCGCUUUAUGCAUCCAAGAUAUGCAGUUAUGCACAGGGAAUGAACUUGAUUCGCGCAAAGAGUAUUGAAAAAGGGUGGGGCUUGAAGCUCGGGGAGCUAGCUAGAAUUUGGAAGGGCGGUUGCAUCAUUCGCGCUAUAUUUUUGGACCGUAUCAAGCAGGCUUAUGACAGAAACCCGGAGCUCGCUAGCCUUCUCGUGGACGAAGAGUUUGCAAAGGAGAUAAUUGAACGGCAGUCCGCUUGGCGAAGAGUCGUGUGCCUCGCUAUCAGCUCGGGGAUUAGCACUCCCGGGAUGUCUUCGAGUUUAGCUUAUUUCGACACUUAUAGGAGGGAAAGACUGCCCGCGAAUUUGGUCCAAGCUCAGAGGGAUUACUUUGGUGCCCACACUUAUGAGAGAAUUGACAUGCCAGGGUCCUUCCAUACUGAGUGGUUCAAGAUUGCCCAACAAUCUAAGAUAUAAUAUGAGUUUUUCUUAAACUUUGUUUUGAACUCUGUUGUUUUUUGUACUGAAUAAGGAUUCAUUGUGGCUGGAAAUGUUAACUUGGAAUCUUCCAGCCAGAUCCUAGCUAUGACCUUGAGAUGAUGUUGCAGCCCUCUUUAAUAUUUUUGGUAUAUUUGCAUUUUGUCCAAGUUUGUUUUGUUUUGUUUUUAUGAAGUAUUUGUAAACCAGACCACUUGUUUUUUUCUCAUACAAUAAAAUCAUUCAGACCACCUUUCCUCAAA